GACAGAUAUAGGUUGGGUAUCGAAGUAACGAGAAGGAAAGCAAAAUGCAAUCCGUACUUACCACUCCUAAGAAAAGAAAACAUAGGCCCUCGAUAAGCGACCAGUUGGAAAAUAUAAAUAAUUCCCCGUUAUCUUCCGCUCCAACAAGAAACAGUUUACCAAAUACAACGGUAGCAGUGGGAGAAUCGGACGUCACACUGUACCUGGAUGGCAAUGACCGUACUGCAAGACAGAUUGAUUUUACUGAGGGGGUCGUUCUCAAUGACAGCGCAGAAAAAAAUCAAGGGGACAGUGCAGUUGAAGAAGACUAUAAAGAGGAUAGCGAUCAUGAUGGGCGUCACGGACAAAACAAAAAGGAGUCUUUCUUGAAGCAAGUGGAAAAUUUAUCUUCCAUUCUGGUGAUAAUACUGGAACAGGUAAUCUCUUCUAUCACGUUCCUGUUACCCGAGUCCUUCAUAAAUGUUUUCACGGUUAUGAGCCGCUUUAUAUUUUCAUCAUUCAAAACCAACAAUGAAACGUAUAACCAUUUCUUGGCAAACGGGGAGAGUUCUGAAGAAGAUGAUGUUUUGCGUAAAGUCGAGAAACUGAAAAACUUCGAAAGCUUUCAUCAAAUAUGUGAGUUGCAUGGGUUCAGUGCAGAGUCUCAUUUAACCCAUACGGUUGACGGGUUCAAGUUGACAAUACAUAGGUUGAACCCUGAAGCAAAUGGAUUUAAGCCUAAUGGAAAGGCAGUAUACUUACAGCACGGACUAUUGAUGACAAGUGAUGUAUGGUGUGUAAUGCUGGACAAGAAUGACAACUUACCGUUCCGUUUAUGUGAAUUAGGCUAUGAUGUUUUCCUUGGCAACAACAGAGGUAAUAAAUAUUCAAAUAAACAUUCUAGGUUUAAAGCCUCUCAGAAAGAAUUCUGGGAUUUCUCAAUAGAUGAAUUUGCCAUGUACGAUAUCCCAGCUUCACUAAAUUAUAUAUUGAAACUGAAAGAAAUUGACAAGUUGAUAUAUAUUGGAUUCAGCCAGGGCUGUUCGCAGAUUUUGUCAUCUGUUUCUAUCAACAAUGAUUUAAAUGACAAGAUUGAAAAGCUCAUUUUGAUUGCACCUGCUACUACCCCGAAGAAGUUGUCAAAUUGGUUGAUCAACUCGAUUAUCAAUUUCGAUCCUCAGUUGCUCUAUAUGCUCUUUGGGCGCAAGAUUUUAAUGAAGUCAGUCAUGUUUUGGCGGAGAAUAACGUAUCCCCCAAUGUUUGUGAAGUUGAUUGAUAUCCCAAACGAUGUGCUAUUUGGUUGGAAAUCUUACAAUAUCGACAUAAUGCAAAAAUUGGUUUCAUAUUAUCAUCUCUAUUCCACAACCUCCGUGAAAUGUGUUGUACAUUGGUUCCAGAUCAUCAAGUCGAAGAAGUUUCAAAUGUACCAAGAGCAAGACUAUUUCCAACCAUUUGAAUAUCCUACCGAUAAGACCAUCAAAAUAAAGAAAUUGCUAAUAAUAUAUGGUAUGAAUGAUUCACUUGUUGAUAUAGACGUGUUAGUGGGGCAGUUGCCUGAAUUCCAUGAUAUGAGGUUUACUCAGGUGAAGGAUGGGAAGGUGGUUGGCCAAAAGCAUAUAGUCGAAAAUGUGGAGCUGAGCAGUGGAGAAGAGCAGCAAGACGGAAACUAUAAGGUGAAAUUGGAUGACGAAUGUUCUGAGUUGCGGAUAUACGGUAUCAACAAGUAUGAGCACUUGGAUUUGCUUUGGGGGAAAUACAUGAACGAGAAUGUAAUCAAAAAUGUUGUUGAUUUUAUUCAUUGAUCAGAAAAGUUUAUGUGUAUAAUGUAUAAAAGAAUGAUAGUAAAUGUAUGGACAUGGC